AUGAGCUACACAAAAGCCACAUGUUUUUCAACCAAAGAAUAUUUCGAGACUAUAACCGGUCGUCGGAGGAAAGUGGAGACCGAUCGACGACUGGACGGUCAGGUGGUAGUGAUUACCGGCGCCAACGCCGGCAUUGGCAGAGCAACGGCACAGGAUUUGGCCAAACGGGGUGCAAAGGUGAUUAUAGCGUGCCGUUCGGUAGAUAAGGGCGAAGAGGCUGCCAAUGAACUCCGUGUGCUUUAUCCCGGGGCUAAUGUAGUGGUAAUGGAGUUGGACUUGUCGUCCCUCGCGUCUGUCCGCCGGUUUGCCCAACAAGUGAGUGAUAGGGAAGCGGUUGUGGAUAUACUCAUCAAUAACGCCGGCAUUGCGUUCAUACCGGAGGCCAAAACCGUCGAUGGCUUUGAGAUGCAGUUCGGGACAAAUCAUUUGGGCCACUUCCUGUUGACAUUACAUUUACUACCACUAAUAAAGAAAUCUAAACUUGGUAAAGUGGUGACGGUAGCAUCGAGCGGGCAUUUGGUGGGCAAAAUUAACUUUGACAAUAUAAAUUUGCUAAACGGCGCGUACGCUCCGGUGAAAGCGUACGGCCAGAGUAAACUGGCCAACAUAUUAUUCAGCCGUGAGUUGUCCCAUAGAUUGGGUGCGGACAGUACGGUACGAACUUACAGCCUACAUCCUGGUGCCGUCAAUACGGUACGUCCCGAGACCAGGUCAGUCGCCUCAACAUUUCUAAAACUAACCGGUUUGACCCCCGAGAUGGGCGCCCAGACCACACUGUACUGCGCCCUCGACCCCCAGCUAGAUAAUGAAACUGGGUGCUAUUAUGCUAAUUGCCGUAAAAUAAAUAAAAUGAUUUCUACGGCGACCGACGAUAAAGCGGCUAAAAGACUAUGGGAUUACAGCUGUGUUUUGGUUGGUUUGGAGGACAACUAUCGUAUUUAGUCUGUGCUUGAUGAAUUUGAAAUCUUAUUUAAAAUGUACAUUUUGUAUAUUUCUUACUAUAUAAUUGUGUAUUA